UUUUUCCCUAUAGAAUUUUCUUCUCUCUGUUUCAAUCCGGUGUUGAAGAGAAAUCACCUUCCUUUUUCCGCUAGCGUCUGCCUGUAUAGGGUGAUACGACGUUAGAAUGAAACAGAUUGUAACAAAUCAAACUGUCAAAAUCCCAGAGGGAUUGACUGUCAAAGUCAAGUCCCGUUUGGUGACUGUAAAAGGACCAAGAGGAAUCCUAAAACGAUCAUUCAAACAUCUUGCACUUGAUAUUCGUAUGAUCAGUCCCAGAUUAUUGAAAGUAGAAAAAUGGUUUGGCACAAAGAAGGAAUUGGCUGCUGUUCGAACUGUGUGUUCUCAUAUUGAGAACAUGUUAAAGGGUGUAACAAAAGGUUACCAAUACAAAAUGCGAGCAGUAUAUGCUCACUUCCCUAUCAACUGUGUCACUACCGAGAACAACACAGUUAUAGAAAUUCGUAACUUCUUGGGAGAAAAAUAUAUACGUCGUGUUAAAAUGGCACCUGGUGUGACUGUUACGAAUUCCGCCAAACAAAAGGAUGAAUUGAUUAUAGAAGGAAAUUCCUUAGAAGAUGUGUCACGCUCAGCUGCUCUUAUUCAACAAUCAACAACAGUAAAGAAUAAGGAUAUCAGAAAAUUCUUAGAUGGUUUAUAUGUAUCCGAAAAAACCACUGUUGUACAAGAUGAUGAAUAAAUUUCUUGACUUAUGUGAAUUUUA